UUGCUGAAAGUUUGUUUUGUGUAUUUAUUUACUUUUUAAAUGGAACUCACGUAGUUUCCAAGCAAAUUAUGCCGAAGAAAAAAUAUAUUUUAAAAACCAAAUAAGUGUUUUAACUUGUGGACGAGCAACGUGAAGUGGGCAUUAUGUAGGAAACUAGGAACAUAAAAAAAUUAAAAAAAAAACUGUUUUUAGUGUAAAAAAGUUAGUUUUUAAAUGUGACAAUGACGUCUUGGACCAGGGAGUUAGACGAGGCGACAGUCCUGGCCACUAAGAGCGGCUACUGGCACACUGUGUUGUUCUACUUACUGUGCAGUCUAGCCGCCAUCCCGACCUCUUUCUUAGUAUUUUCACAGGUGUUCACCACAGCGACGCCAGAGCACUGGUGUGCGGCGCCCCCAGAACUGCAAGUCUUGGACCUACCUCCUGAAGAGCUCCGUGCGCUCCUGGUACCAGGGGGCGCGGAGAAUGGAACCUUCGAGAGGUGCGCGGCGUACGAGCUCGACUCGCGCGCUCUGUACGCCGCGCUGUCAGACUACGUCGAUGAGAGAUCUGAGGUAUACCGGGACAGCGGCGCAUUACGAUUGGUUAGAACCAGGCAGCUGGUGAUAGUGUCGGACCCCGCCGGCCGGGAAGAACAGAUUAGACGAGUGAAAGAGGUGAUUCUGUCCAUCCGCAGUGAUCCGAAGCCGUGCGCCUACGGGUGGGUGUUCCAGACUGAACAUUACAGGAGGACUUUAGUCACUGAUUUCUCGCUGGUGUGCGCGGAGGGCUGGUGGCCGCGGAUGACCAACACGCUGUUCUGGGUCGGCUCCAUCUUUGGAAACCUGUUCUUCGGGUGGAUGUCGGACAGAUACGGCCGCCGCCUCACCAUCCUGCUCAUGAUCUACCUAGAAGUCCCGCUCGCCAUCGCAGCCUCCUUCCCCUCUUCCUACUGGACCUACACGGCUCUGAGGGUGGCUGGAGGGUUGUUCUUCCCGGCUCUGUACCAGCUGCCGUUCAUACUGGCCUUGGAGCUCAUGCCGCCUGAUAAGCGGACUUAUACUGGCAUAGUAGUGGGCAUGUUGUUCGCGAGCGGCAUGUGUCUCCUCGCGGUGCUCGCCUUCCUGCUGCGGGACUGGUUCUGGCUGUCUCUGGCCACGAGCCUGCCCUUCCUGUCGCUCUAUAGCUACUACUGGCUGAUCCCCGAGUCCCCGCGCUGGCUGGUGGGGCGCGGCCGCAUCGCGGAGGCGGAGCGCGUGCUCCUCGACCUGGCGCGGAGGAACGGCGUGCUCCUGCCGCGCGGCUUCCUGCUGGACCUCCAUAAAAAAGUCAAAGAAGAAGAAGAUGCAGCUUUUGUAGAGGAAACUACACUUCCAAUAAUAAACGGUCAUGUCAUUGGAAUGCUUAAAAUUGACAAAGAAGACACGCAGUUAGUAGACAGAAGAAUGAGCACAAUGCUCUCUUUCAAACCUGACAAAGAUAUCAACAUCAACAAAACAAACAGACAGUCAGAUGCGGAGGAAAUAAACAAAACUCCGAACCUUGAAAGAAUUAUAGCUUUAGAAGUAGCAGAAAUAGUCAACAGAAAAACACGCCAGAAGUCAAAUAAAGAGGAUCACAUUAGCAUAGAAUCUAGUGAUAAAGAAGUUUUAGAGGUAAAAGAAGAAGAUGAUGAAGAAUCUCAAUUGAACACAGAACAGCAACAGAAAGCUACACAGACUGAUGCGUACGCUAAAUCCCCAGUUAAUAGUUUAAGAAGAAAAUCUAUGCAAUUUGUAAGCAAAAUGUUUCACAAAGAAAGCAUGGAAGCCAGUCCAGAGAAUAAGAAAAUGGACGACCAGAAUUCAGUUGGGGACUGCCAAGCGUCUCCGUUAGAUGUAUUUAGAUAUCCUAAUAUAAGAAAGAAAUUCUUCAUACUGACCUUCGAUUGGGUAGUGCUUGGAGUCGUGUAUAAUACGUUAUGCUACAAUACGCCUAAUUUAGGAGUCGAUGAUUUUGUUGCAUUUUUCAUAGGAGGAGCGGUGGAGCUGCCGUCGUACUUCAUCGCGUGGAAGCUGAUGGACCGGUUCGGGCGGCGCUGGGUGCUCUGCAUCUUCAUGAGCGUCGGCGGCGUGGCUUGCCUCAGCUGCGUGCUGGUGCCGGAAUCAAACCCCUGGCUGAUGGUGUCCCUGGUCAUGCUGGGGCGGCUGUGCGCGGCGGCGUCGUUCUCCGUGUUCUACGUGAUGAUCGGCGAGCUGCUGCCGACCGUGCUGCGGGCGCAGGCCAUGGGCGCCGCGUCCUUCAUAGCGGGGCUCGGGCUGCUCGCGUGCCCGUAUAUUGUUUAUCUGGCGGUCUACUCCAAACUCCUGCCGCUGGUCAUCAUGGGAGUCCUCUGCAUCCUCGGCGGAGGCGCCUCGCUGUUCCUGCCCGAGACCCUCAACCAGCCGUUGCCGCAGACCCUGAGUGAUGGGGAGAUGUUCGGACGACACUUCAAACUGCUCAGCUGUGUCGGUGGAGAGAGAUAGUUCUAGAUUGUGUAUUACUUAUUUAUUAAAGGCUUUUAGUGUA